AAGAAAUCGUCUCGGAGAUAAGUUUGAUGCGCCGCUUGGACGUCUGAUGGUGAUGAAUCCCGGUCAGGUAAAACGAGAGCUCUCGCAAGCUCGAGCAGGUCUCGUAACCAGAAGAAGAAUACGCGUUCCUUCAAGCCAAGACCGCUCUGCAGAGGGCCCCCGUCCUGGGGCACCCACAAGAGAAGCACCCUUACCGACUGUAUACGGACGCGUCGGACUACGCGCUGGGUUGCGCUCUUCAGCAAAAGUGGGAGAGCUCCUUCGAGGACACGGAAGUGUUCGUGGAGCGCGUCAUUGCCUAUUGGUCACGGACGUUCAAAGGAGCGGAGACAAGAUACAGCACGACAGAACGCGAAGCCCUGGCGGCCAAGGAAGGCCUCGUAAAGUUCCAACCCUACAUCGAAGGCGAGAAGAUAUUGCUCGUGACAGACCAUAGUGCGCUCCAGUGGGCAAAGACCUACGAGAACAGCAACCGGCGCCUCGCAGCGUGGGGGGCUGUAUACUCGGCCUACAAGCCAGGUCUGGAGAUCAUACACCGGCCAGGAAGAGUUCAUUCCAACGUGGACCCGCUGAGUCGCAUC